GAUCGACUCUGAAUCGCGACGCAUUUAAUUGGUGAGCAAGUCAUAAUUGGAACCAAAUUUUAAUAAUUUUUGAUUGUAUAUAAAUCCGACAUUUGGCAACGUGCGGUGUAUCAUUGUUUAUGUUUAUAUGUGCUCACAUAUUGUUAUUCCAACAAGUAAACAGCGAUGGAACGCGCUCCAUAUAUAUAUAUAUAUAUAUACAUAUAUUACAUAUAUUACAUAUUAAUUUUCAAGACGCGAUGCGUGAAGUAUUACGGGAUCAUUCUCUGAUAAAUAUGAGAUUAGUGAAUAUUAUUUCGCAUAAUUAUUAAAUUUAUUAAAUAAGUAACUCAUCGUAAAUAAGUGUAUCGAGGCGACGAUUUUGUUUAGAAGUAAAUAUUUCGUGUGUUUUAUUCGCGUGAAGUAGGUAUCGCAACAGAGAAUAGAACAUAAAAAAUAAGUAUUUAUUAUAUCUAUAUAUUUUAUAUGUUUAUGACCAAUAUACAUUUCGUCUCACGAGAGAUGGCGCCAUUGUGUCAAACGCGACAGUUACAUCGCCAACGUUCACGCACAUUGAGUCGAGAUUUCGCGAAAGUACUCAAAUGUUCAUUAUAUAUCCAUUAUAUUGUUUUGUUGCGCGAGAUAUAUUUACAUACAGAUUACGUCGCGCGAGCCGAAAUCGAUCGUGCUAUAUUAUUUGUUCGUAAUUCGUGUAGUGACAGUUAAAAAACGAGAGUUCGUGGGAACGCGAAGAUUCUUAAAGCUACGAGGUUAGGUACGUUGAACGUAACAAGUGUUUUGUGUCCUUCCUUCUUCUGGAAAAGUGAUGAGUGAAAAUUAAUGAGGAGUGCUCUCGAUCGAUCCAUCGUCCAUAAAACUUCUGUGAGAUAUCGUCGGCAGGGUUUCGAAAAUGGCAGACUAUUGGAAGUCCCAAGGCCGCAAGUUCUGCGACUUCUGCAAGUGCUGGAUCGCCGAUAAUAAACCGAGUAUCGACUUCCACGAGGGCGGCAAGAAGCAUAAGGAAAAUGUCAGCAAGCGACUCAAAGAAAUUUACAAGAAUAGUGCCAAACAGGCGAAGCAGAACAAAAAAUUCGAGAAUGAUAUUAAAAAGAUGGAAAAUGCGGCAAUGGCUGCAUACAUGAAGGAUGUCGAGAAUAACACGCGAGAUAUGACUGCUCAAAAGAUUAUUAAAGAGAAAGUGAACAAGAUUGAAACGAGAGAAAUGCCUCAGAAUUUUAAUCGCAUGCCACCAGCUGCUCCGGAGACGGUACCGAGAUUCAAAAAUAACAUUGGACACUUUUCGCCAAAAGUAGAUCCUUGCGACCCGACUUUGUCAAAAACCAUUCUGUCGUUUCCACGAGUCCAGCAGCAGGGCGGCGAGAACAGGACUCCCGGGAGGAGUAAAGCGAAUAAGACGAAGGGAAAGGGGAGAAAGGCCCAGGAGGACGAUCGUCCGACCGCACCUGUCAGGAAAGUGUGGUAUGAAGCCCUCAGUCCCGAAGGAUACACUUACUACUGGCACAUCGAGACGAACGAAUCGGUUUGGGAGCCACCGGAGGAGGGUUACAUGACUCUCGCGGAACAAGAAGAGGAGGCGAAAGAGGAAACGCUCCAAAAGGAGCUUAUGGAACAAUUGGACAGGGAGGAAGUGAUCGAGAAAGCGGAUAUUCUCGAGGAACAACGAGCCAAUCUCGAGAGAGAGAAAAUGAGGGAACAUGUGGCACAACCCUCUAGAAACGACAACGAUAUCAAAGAUGACAACGAAAGCGCAGGAAUAAAGAAGGAGGCAGCCAAAGAGGAACGACCUUACCGGCGAGACUACAGUGUGCCCGAGAGACCGCAACCUUAUGGAUCCUGGCAAGUUGUGGAGACAAGCAAAAAGAAACCAGUGGAUCUCCAAUUACCGCAAAAACAGAAGCAGAUACAACUGCCUAUGUUUAAGAAGACAGAACCAACGCCUCCGCAAAGGACUUUUAAGGAAAAAAUUGUCACACAGAUUAAUAUCGAUGAUAGUGAUGACGAAAGUGCACCGACCACUUUUAAGAGAAGAAAAAUUGGUAACAAGAACGUGCGUAAAAGAACAACUGAUGAUUAGCAUCAGAAUUUUUUUUCUGGAUAUAGUGUUCUUGUAUAUAUUUUUAUUUAAUUGUUAAAAUGUUUGUUAAACAAACAUGGAGAAUUUGUAUGGACAAAUAUCUUUGAUAGCUCAUAAUAUUUGUGAGCUGGAAGUUUACAUAUAAAUAUAAUAGAUUCUUCAUUUAUAUAUACUUAACUGUGCAUAGGUGGUAUAUGUAGAUAUAAAAAAAAUGUUAUUUUAUCACAGAUAGCAAAUGCACGUCAUGCCAAAAUAACAUUAUCUGACAUCCAAAUGACAUUAUUUGGCGUCAAAAUGAUGUGUGUUUGUUAGCUGGGAUAUAACAUAUAUGUAUGUACAUUAAUAUAUAUAUACAUUAGUACAAUUUCGAUUGUAAAUAAAAAGUCUGACUCUGUAUUUUAUAUAAAAAUUUUUAUUUUUUUUAUUUUAUUAAUAUUAAUUUUAUUAAUAUUAAUUAAUUAAUACUUUUUAAUAUAAUAGUUGAGAUACAUUUGCAUGUUUGAGAAAUCUAAUUAAUAUAAUAAUAAUAAUUAUCAAUGGAAUUUAUAUAUGUAUAAUAAUAGAAUACUAAUUGAAUAUAUAUAUAUUUUUUUUAUAUACAACUUUUUGUUCUUAUCUUUCAUGAUAAUAUAUUGCUAUUCAUAAUCUUGUUUGCAUUAUUAUCUGAAUAUUAUCAGCAUCAGUAUUAGUCAACAUUGCAUCAUAUCUAUGUACUCAUAUGCACAUGGUUGCAUUGUUAUAAAGCAAAUCUACGAGAUAAUAUAUAACAUUACAUUAUAUGUUGCGUAUCAUUCUGACAUAUUUAAUAUUGAUAAAACGAAAUUUCACGAGACAGUAAAUAGAACAGCUAAAAUAUAUACGCGAGACUCAUUUCCUCUUUAAAGUCGUCACAAUUAUAUGAAGCAAUUUGCAAAUUUAGUUACUUUGUUUUUGGGAUAUAUCAAGAAGAUAGAAACAUUGCACAUAUAACUUACAUGAAAUAAAUACUUAAACAGAUAACUGAAUUUUAAAUAGCGAAUGUAUAAAUGUUAAAAUAUGUGCGCAAUUUGAAGA